ACCAUAUUGAAUCACAAAUUGACACAUUUGAGGAUUUUACAAUUUUGUAAAGCAAUUUAUCUCGUUUAUUAUAAGCCUCAGAAUGAACAGGACACAAAGAGAGAAAGAUAAAUCAUUGCAGGAGAAAAAUCAGACCAUAUUGUCUCAAUUACUGAAGGAUGAAGACAACAAAUAUUGCGUUGAUUGUGACGCAAAAGGACCAAGGUGGGCAUCGUGGAAUCUAGGCAUCUUCCUUUGCAUAAGAUGUGCCGGCAUUCACAGAAAUUUGGGCGUUCAUAUAUCACGAGUCAAAUCGGUCAACUUGGAUUCAUGGACAGCAGAACAAAUGCAGAUGGUCCAGGAGAUGGGUAACAGUCGAGCGCGAGCAGUCUAUGAGGCUAAUCUCCCCGAUGAUUACAGGCGCCCACAGACAGACUCAGCAUUAGAAUGUUUUAUUCGCGAAAAGUACGAAAAGAAGAAGUACAUAGCCAAAGAAUGGAUACCACCACAGCCUAAGUCCGCUUCAAGUUCUGUCACUGAGGAGAGGAAGGAGAAGAAGCGACCGAAACCGAAGGCGACUGCCCAACUUCAGCUCAACUCGACGAGUACUAGUAGACCCAAGUCGAACACAUCGGCCACAAGUCCUGGUCCAGUCUCAGCACCCAAGGCUCACAAACAACCCCCUGCUGAGAAAAAGGCGGCCGCAUCUGUAGAUCUUUUAGGAUUAGAUCAUCCUAGUCAAGGCGCUAUCUCUGCCAGUAACACGAGCAAUAGUUCAGACCCAUUUGGCGACUUCCUCAGUGCUGCUCCCACCACGACGGCAGCAAGUCCUGAUAAACCAGCAGAGCCAGCAGCUCCACCUGCUGCUACAGAAGACAAUGCUUCAUUAUUCGCAGACAUGACACUAGGGGCAGAGAAACCAAAGUCAACGAAAGAUUCCAUAAUGGCGCUUUACGGGUCAGGUGCGGGUCAAUCACAACAGAUGUUUGGUGUACCAGGCGCUACUAAUCCCACUCCACCCAUGAGCACUGCCAACACUGGCGCCACCUUUGGCUAUUAUGACGGUACUAACACUAACACGAACUAUGGCUACUACGAUCAGGCUCCCGCUGCUGGUGGCGUUAGCGCCAAUUAUGGUUAUUAUGAAGCGGGAUCAGCUAACCCUCCAACUAGUGGCGCUACUAACUAUUACGAUCAAGGUGGUAUGUACAUGCCGCAGCAACAAGCGCAGUACGGGAUGAUGCAGAACGGUGCAAUGGCCCAACAGAAUAACCUAGUACAGCAGAACAAUCUGGUACAGCAGAACAAUAUGGCUCAGCAGAACAAUAUGGCUCAGCAGAAUAACAUGGUACCUCAAAAUAAUAUGAUGGCAAAUAACUUGGGCUUGAUGCAGCAACAGUCACAGCAAGGUCCGAUGAUGAACCAGAAUAUGGGUAUGCCUGCCGGGGUCAAUAUGAAUAUGAUGGGUGGCCAGCCCAGUGUCUACAACAACCAAGUACAACAACAACAUUUAAGUCAGAUCCAACAGCAGAUGGCCUCUAUGAAGAUGAACAAUCCCGGGAUGGGUGUUGGCAUGCAGCAGCAAGCACAGCCAGUCGGAGCUGGAGGCAUGGGCUGGGGCACACAGCAAGCAGGACACACACUCUCAAACAACCUGUGGCAAUGAUAGUACUGUGGUUUUAGGCUUUGUUCUUUUUCUUAAUGUGAUAAUAUAGUGUCAACAACCAGCGUGCAGUAAGGCUCUGCCUGGUUCAGAGGUUGGUUUGUACAUUCCAUUGAAGUCGACUCAUGCCAUCCAGAUCCAGUAGAAAAGUGAAGAAAUGGUGCCGUAGCUGCCAUAAAAGUUAAAAAGUUGAUGGAUGCAAAUUCUCUGGAGCAGAAGUGCAAGAGUUUUUAUUCAAAUCGGAGGAAUCUCACUUCUUCAAUUGGUACUGAGAAGGAGAGCUCUAAUCGGAAAUUUUUCAGAGAUACAUGUAGCAGGUAUUCAUUUUAACCAUACCUCGGUGCAUUCUAGUCUAAAUGACACUGCUGGUGUAUGCCAAAUGAUGCAGUCUUCGCUAUGGUUUGGAGUAUCCUUAUGCUGGUUAUACUCUGGUCGGCCGUGAUUUGGAGUACCCUUAUGCUGGUUAUACUCUGGUCGGCAGUGAUUUGGAGUACCCUUAUGCUGGUUAUACUCUGGUCGGCCGUGAUUUGGAGUACCCUUAUGCUGGUUAUACUCUGGUCGGCCGUGAUUUGGAGUACCCUUAUGCUGGUUAUACUCUGGUCGGCCGUGAUUUGGAGUACCCUUAUGCUGGUUAUACUCUGGUCGGCCGUGAUUUGGAGUACCCUUAUGCUGGUUAUACUCUGGUCGGCAGUGAUUUGGAGUACCUCUAGGCCUAUGGGCACUGAUUUGGAGCACUGUGUUGGGCAGUGGUUUAACCACUUAGAUCCCAACCGGCCGAUAUCUGGCCACUGACUCUCAUCUAUAUAUCCCAGACCGCCCCGCCAGUACAUACCUAUUCUCGAGCGACACCAUCGCCACCUCUAUUUAAACAAUGAAACUAAGCCUGGUUUUUGGGAGGUUAGGGAUCUAUCUAUAGACAUUCAGUGGCGCACUUGUGCAGGGGUGCUUUGGGGGGUCAUUUUGGUCGAAAUUUGCUGAAAUGCUCCAGGGAAAUAUGGGGAGAUGUUCCAGGAUCUAAAGGGUUAAAGUAGACGAAGGGUCAUUGUUCAUGAUACAGUACUGCUGUACAUAUUACUCUGAGCGUUUCAGAUUUUCAGAUGACCCUUGUUGAAGAUUGUCCAUUGCAUUGUAUUUAU